CUCGUAUUAUUUAUGUGAAACCUUUCCACCCACUGGCUUGCAAUGUUCACCAUAUUGUACAUUGCAGUCUAUGCGAUCGUUUACAUCUCCCAAGCUGCUUCAUUUUUACCAGUCAAUCCAGUUCAGCCUCUCAGACAAGAUCGGUCGAAUGCAAAUGCGCGAACCCCCGUCGUUGGUGAUACGCGGUUGCCGGUUCCAAACGAUGAUCACGGGAAUGUGUCUCUGAGAGAUAGUCAUCAAGAGCGACGUAAGGAUGAAUUCAAAAUGCAAUCAAGCCGAUCACUCUCGAACACUGGUGUUCAGGCUAGUUCACCAAAUGAUCAGGUUUCAGUCUCAAAUGUUGAUAUCACCGGUAACACAACUCAGGAAACAAGUCUACACGAAGUGGAACCUCAGAAAAUUAUUCAGAAGUUGGGUGCGGAGCCAGUGGAACAACCAGAUGAGCAAAUUCAUGCGGGCUCGCUGGGUGGUAAAGAGCUAGUGAAUCAAUCCGUGGACAACAAACCGAAUGCUGUACAAAAUCAACCGCUACUACAGCCAAGUAUAAAUAACUCUGAUGUUGGGACACAAAAUAUCAAGCCUACUCCCACAAAACUCCCUUCGGGUAAGAAUGCUACAAGUGUGACGGAAACUGGUGGAUCUUUUAAAGUGCUUGGUGUAAAACCUACUUGGGUACCCAAAGAGCCUGUUAAGAAUAUCGAAUGGAAGUCAGGCAAACAUGGCGAGUCCUAUCAAGCACCGCAACUACCUGAAGAUUCUUUCACAAAUGAUAACCUUCGAGGUAUGACAGAAUUAUCUAAGGCUUCUGGAAACCUGGAAACCCAAGUUAAACAGAAUCCGUUUACUGAAAAAGUGUUGUCAUCAUUAGGUUUAGCGAUGGAAGCAGCUAAAGCCAAGCAAAAGUCUCCUGCCAAUCAAAUGUCCGACGAUAAUGUUCGUGAACCUGGUAUUUCAGAUGAAGAUGAUGUAGGCGGUGAACCAGAAAAAAACAAUCUCAAAAACCUUGAUGUGCUUAACUCACAGUUAUCCAAACUGCCCAAAGCAACCAUCGAAUCGGUUCGACGCGCUGAAGACGAUCCUGAAAUCAGUCAAAGUGUGUUCAACGUGCCAUCCGUCCCGAUUGAGUAUGUCCUGUUGUCGAUCUGCGUCCUGUGUGUCAUCGUACUGCUCCUGUGGAAACGUUGUUGGUACGUUAUCUGCACCGUUUGCUGCAAACGAAGGCAGCAGCCAAUCGGAAACGUCACUGGACGCUACAAGGUCACAUACAAGCCAUUGUAGAUGGAUGAGAUUACUCGCUUAUCGUUGUGUUGUUCCCUCUCUCGUUGCGUUGUUUCGGUACUUCCCCAUUUUUUGGUCUUUAAAGGCAUGACUCAGAUAUCGCAUACUUGGUUAAAACACACAUGUGAUAUACCUCUCCCGGCACCGUGAUCGUACUGUGUACACUCCCUUGCAGUCAUAUCAGCUGGUAAAGCAACGACUCAUUCUGUGUUCAAAAGUUUACUUGGAGUUGGUUCGUUUGUUCCUUUUAAGAAUGGCCGAAAUACAUCCUUUCUG